AGAGAGAGAAAGAGGGAGAGAGAGAGAGAGAGAAACUCCAGUCACACAGCCGAGGACCACGCGCUGCAGAAGACGGACGAAGGCACGCUCCUGGAGUCAGGUGUGCGCGGAUAUGCUCCAGGUACCAGGGACACUCAUGGUCGCUGGGUUAAAUGUGGAUGUACAGACUGACAGCAGAUAGUAUGCCUGCACAGGUGGCACAGCUCACGUGAUGUGGCACAAUAUGGCACGCGUAAAGAUGGGUGUCAUCGCUCUCUUGUGUCUUCCCACGUUUUUCUCCCGCGUCCUCGUACUGUCCCAAAUCAGCGGCCUCUAUGAGAGGUCAGUGGUACCUCGCGCCGCGCCCCGCCUUGUGGCUCGUAUGAACGGAGACGUAAUCAUCGGGGCGCUCUUCUCCGUCCACCACCAGCCAUCUGCAGAGAAAGUGGCUGAACGGAAGUGCGGGGACGUCCGUGAGCAGUAUGGGAUCCAAAGGGUAGAGGCCAUGUUCCAUACGCUGGACCGGAUUAACUCCGACCCAAACCUGCUCCCUAACAUCAGCCUGGGUUGUGAGAUCCGGGACUCAUGCUGGCACUCUUCUGUGGCCCUGGAGCAGAGCAUCGAGUUCAUCCGGGACUCCCUCAUUUCCAUAAGGGAUGAUAAGGAUGGGUCCAAGUGGUGUAUGGAUGGCACCUCAUCCAACCAGCCUCCACCCUCUAAGAAACCCAUCGCUGGAGUGAUCGGACCAGGCUCCAGUUCUGUGGCCAUUCAGGUUCAGAACUUGCUGCAGUUAUUCAAUAUCCCACAAAUUGCGUACUCUGCGACUAGCAUCGACCUGAGUGACAAGAGCCUGUUCAAGUACUUUCUGAGGGUCGUGCCCUCUGACGUCCUCCAGGCCCGGGCCAUGCUGGAUAUUGUCAAGCGGUACAACUGGACCUAUGUGUCUGCAGUACACACAGAGGGAAACUAUGGGGAGAGUGGCAUGGAGGCCUUCAAGGAGCUGGCCUCUCAGGAAGGUUUAUGCAUUGCCCACUCAGACAAGAUCUACAGUAACGCAGAGGAGAAGCAGUUUGAUCGCCUUUUGAGGAAACUACGGGAACGUCUGCCCAAAGCUCGUGUAGUAGUGUGUUUCUGUGAGGGCAUGACUGUCCGCGCUCUCCUGAUGGCCAUGAGGCGACUGGGUGUGUUUGGGGAGUUCCUCCUCGUUGGCAGUGAUGGAUGGGCGGACCGUUACGAGGUGGUGGAGGGUUAUGAGCAGGAAGCAGAGGGAGGAAUCACCAUGAAGCUGCAGUCAGAGGUGGUCAAAUCCUUCGAUGACUACUACCUGAAGCUGCGUUUGGACACCAAUAAAAGGAACCCCUGGUUCACUGAGUUCUGGCAGCAUCGUUUCCAGUGCCGCCUGCUGGGUCAUCCGCAUGAGAACAAGAACUACAAGAAAGUCUGCUCUGGAAGUGAAAGUCUGCAUGAAAACUAUAUUCAGGAUAGUAAGAUGGGCUUUGUCAUCAAUGCUAUCUAUGCCAUGGCUCAUGGCCUCCAUGAUAUGCACAAAGAGGUGUGCCCAGGGCAGACGGGGCUCUGUGAGGCCAUGGACCCUAUCGAUGGCAGCAAGCUUCUGGACUACCUCCUAAAGACAACCUUCAGAGGCGUCUCAGGGGAGGAGAUUUAUUUUGAUGAAAAUGGAGACACCCCAGGAAGGUAUGAUAUCAUGAAUCUACAGAAUGUGGGUGAUAGUCGCUAUGACUACUUAAAUGUAGGCUCCUGGCAUGAAGGCAUUCUGAGCAUUGAUGACAACAAGCUGUGGUUGAACAGCAGUGACAUGGUCCGCUCGGUCUGCAGUGAUCCCUGUUCUAAAGGACAGAUCAAGGUGAUCAGGAAGGGUGAAGUGAGCUGCUGUUGGAUCUGCACCACAUGUAAUGAGAAUGAGUUUGUCCAGGAUGAGUUUACCUGCAAGGCAUGUGAGCUGGGAUGGUGGCCUGAUGAUGACCUGGCAGGCUGCCAGCCCCUACCACUUAAGUAUCUUGACUGGGCCGAUGUGGAGUCCAUAGUCGCUGUCGCUUUCUCCUGCGUGGGCAUCCUGAUCACCUCCUUUGUCACCUUUGUGUUCAUUCAGUACCGUGACACACCUGUGGUUAAGUCCUCCAGCAGGGAACUCUGUUAUAUCAUCUUGGCUGGCAUUUUCCUGGGCUACAUCUGUCCAUUCACCUUAAUCGCACGCCCCACUGUGACUUCCUGCUACUUGCAACGACUUCUGGUGGGCCUUUCUUCAGCCAUGUGCUACUCUGCCCUGGUGACCAAAACUAACCGCAUUGCCCGCAUUCUGGCUGGUAGCAAGAAGAAGAUCUGCACCAGGAAGCCCCAUUUCAUGAGUGCCUGGGCUCAGGUGAUCAUUGCGUUUAUACUGAUCAGUGUGCAGCUAACUCUGGAGGUCACACUCAUCAUUCUGGAGCCUCCUGAGCCCAUCAAGUCAUACCCAAACAUACGUGAGGCCUAUCUUAUCUGUAAUACGAGCAACUUAGGCAUGGUGGCGCCACUGGGCUACAACGGCCUACUAAUCAUGAGCUGCACUUACUAUGCCUUCAAGACAAGGAACGUCCCAGUCAAUUUUAAUGAGGCUAAAUACAUUGCCUUUACAAUGUACACUACCUGCAUUAUCUGGUUGGCCUUUGUGCCCAUCUAUUUUGGUUCCAACUACAAGAUCAUAACCACAUCUUUCUCUGUCAGCCUGAGCGUAACAGUGGCACUGGGAUGCAUGUUCACACCCAAGAUGUACAUUAUCAUUGCCAAACCGGAGAGGAAUGUCCGAAGCGCCUUCACCACAUCUGAUGUGGUGAGAAUGCAUGUCGGAGAUGGAAAGUCUGCUCAGUGCGGGAGCAACAGCUUCCUCAGUAUGUUCCGACGGAAGAAGCCUGCAUCUGGCAAUACUAAUUCUAAUGGCAAGUCUGUGUCAUGGUCUGAAUCAGGUGCAAGACACCCUCCAAAGGGAGGGAGUGUAUGGCACAGACUGUCUGUGCAUGUGAGGAAACAGGAAGCCGGCUUGAAUCAGACUGCGGUCAUCAGGCCCCUAACUAACACCCCCGACCCCCACAGCUGUGAGCCCUCCACCUGCAACCUUGGCACAGACCUCCAUCCCCCUGAAGAACCGCCUGGCACUAAGCCUCUGUACAACCUGAUGGAGGAGGACGACGAGGGCGACGUGCAGCGCCCCCUUUGGACUCCGACUUGCUCUGGACAGAUGCAAGGCCUGGAGUCCGAUUUAGAUAAGAUGGCUUCUUAUUUGCCUUCUCACUUGAUGGGGCACACCACGGAGCACUUGCAGGGGGCUGUGGUGGACACACACAGCUCCCAUGUCCCUGCACUGAAAAACCACGCCGCCAGAGAGGCAGUCCUUGCCAAUGAGCCAUUGAGCUUGAUACCCUUUCCUUUGGCCCCACAAGUAGGGGUGUUUGAAGAGGAGGGGCCCGAGGACGAGGAACUGGACUUAUUGCAUAGCUACAUCUAUGAUGCCAAGGAGGAGGGGGAGGUUGGGGAAGGUGAGGAGUUAACUCAGAACAAGCCAACACUGGAGGAUUCUCGAGCUUUGUCUCCUCCUUCCCCCUUCAGAGACUCGGUAUGUUCGGAGGAGUCUGUCAGUGGCUCCCCCAUCAUCGAGUUCAUGCUCGGUGGCCCUACGAGCUCCAUCUACACCUCAAACAUCCUCCAAGACUUUGCACACAGCUCCUCAACACUGUGAGAGCAAAACGGGCACUGACACGGUAGCUGUCAGCACAACUGUACAUCACACAGGCAUGCAUUUCCACAUACAGAUACACAGACACACAAACAUAUGCAGACGCAUACAACAUAAUGUAACAGUAUUUACCUUAAGUUAUAACAUUUAUUUUUUGCUCUGUCUUUUGCUUGCUUGAAUUUAUUACCGUGCUUUUAACAGUAAGAGUUCAAUCCAAAAA